AUGCCACACAGACGUCAACACUAUUGGAAUAUUGGUCAGCGUCUAGCCAUUCAAAGCACACUUCCACCUCUGGCGUUCCCCCACCAGAUCUACUACACUAAGAAGCUGGAGCAUUCGCUAUUUCAGUACUUGCCAUCACUGACUAAUCUUCGAGCCGCUGCAUGCCAGGAGGCCAAGAGUUGA